AUGGCCAAAGUCUCCAGCACAGUGUUGUCCCAGGAGGGUUGGUAUCUCUCAGAUGAAGGCAUUGAAGCUUGCACAAGUUCUCCUGACAAACUCAAUAUAAAUGAAAUCAUCCUGAUUGCUCUCAAUACAGACUUGAGAACAACUGGCAAAAAAUUCCUCCCCAGUGACAUCAAUGGUGGAAAAGUAGAAAAGCUUGAAGGUCCCUGUGUUUUGCAAAUUCAAAAAUUCCACAAUGUUUCUGCAACAAAGGGUAAUGAAGAAUCUCAGGCUGCACCAAGAACGCUGUGUUUGCAAACGAUUGAUGAUCACAUAAGUUGCACAGCAGUAGAAUAUAAUCAUAUAUCAAAAAUAAGCCUGAACACACCACCUGGAACUAAAGUUAAGCUCUCAGGCAUUGUAGACAUAAAUAAUGGAUUCCUGCUCUUGAAUGACACUAACACCACACUUCUUGGCAGUGAAGUGGAACACCUUAUUAAGAAAUGGGAGUUACAAAGAAGCUUGUCAAAACACAAUAGAAGCAAUAUUGGAACUGAAGGUGGACCACCUCCUUUUGUGCCUUUUGGACAGAAGUGUAUAUCUUAUGUCCAAGUGGAUAGCAGAGAUCUUGAUCGAUGAAAGACACUGCAAGUUACAAUGCCUGUCAAACCUACAAGUGAUAAUGAUGACUUUGAAAAGCAAAGGACUGCUGCUAUUGCAGAAGUUGCAAAGAGGGAAGAAACCAAGACAUUUGGAGGAGGUGGUGGUGGUGCUAGAAGUAAUCUCAACAUGAGUGCUACUGGUAACUGAAAUAGGGAAAUUUUACAGAAAGAAAAGUCAGCCAAAUCAGAGAGAAAACAUGAAGGUGUCUAUAGAGAACUGGUUGAUGAGAAGUCCCUGAAACACGUAACAGAAAUGGGCUCCAGUAAGGAAGCAUCGAGGCAAACUCUUGUGGAUAUUGGCAACAAUUUAGAAGCAGCACUGAAUGUACUUCUUAAUAGCAAUAAAUAGAAACCUGCUACAGGUCCACCUCUGACAGGUAAAGGAAAAGGCAGGGGGCGAAUAAGAUCUGAAGAUGAAGAGGAACUGGGAAAUGCAAGGCCAUCAGCACAAAGCACAUUAUUUGAUUUCUUGGAGUCUAAAAUGGGGACUUUGAGUGUGAAAGAACCUAAGUCCCAGCUGCAGCAGCUUCAUCAGGGACAGCACAGAUUGUCAAACACUGAGCAAAAUAGAGUGAAAGAUAAUCAUCAGCCAAGAUAUCUUCCUCGAAAUGAUACCAGACAGCCAAGAAAUGAAAAACCUCCUCGUUUUCAAAGAGACACUCAAAAUUCAAAGUGAAUUUUAGAAGGCAGUGGAUUACCUAGAAACAGAGGUUCUGAAAGACCAAGUACUUCUUCAGGAUCUGAAGCGGCUGAAGAGAGAAUCAAGUGUGAUAGACCAUGUUCUAGAUAUGAUAAAACUAAAGAUACUUCAUACUCUUCAAGUUCUCAGUACAAUGACGGUGCUUUUAAAAAAAGGGAUAACUCUAUGCAAAGAUCAGGAAAAGGUCCAUCCUAUGGAGAGGCAAAAGAAAAUCCACUUCCUCAAGAAUCUGUAGAUUAUAAUAACCAAAAACAUGGAAAAAGAGAAAACCAAACAGCAAGUCCUGAUCAUUUUUAUGACAGGAAACUAUGAACAAUAAAUAAUGAAGUUGUAAAAAUGGAAAAACAUUUCCAUAUAAAUACUGAUUACCAGAACGCUGUCCAAACUAAUAGUUUCAUUGGUGUUCCAAAUGGGGAGACAGAAAUGCCACUGAAGGAAAGGUGAGUAGGACCUAUUAAGCCAGAAGGACCCAUCACAGCUACACUCUAUGAUGAUAGAGUAUUUUACAAUAGUGGGCCCAAAAGAAGAUCUGGGCCAAUUAAACCAGAAAAAGUACUAGACUCGUCUAUUCCUAUGGAGUACUCAAAACUGUGGAAAACUGGAGAUGAAUGCUUUGCACUUUAUUGGGAAGACAACAAGUUUUACCAAGCAGAAGCUGAAGCUCAUCAUUCUUCGUGUAUGACAGCAGUUGUUAAAUUUAUUGAUUAUGGAAACUAUGAAGUGGUGCUUCUAAGCAACAUCAGGCCCAUUCAAACAGAGGCAUGGGAGGAUGAAGGCACCUAUGACCAAACCCUGGAGUUCCGCAGAGGAGGUGAUGGCCAGCCAAGAAGAUCCACUCGGCCAACCUGGCAGUUCUACCAGCCUCCCCACACUCAGAACUAA